GGCAAGGUGGCAGUUCUCAGGACCUUCAGAGUACUACGAGCCUUGAAAACUGUUGCUGUUGUGCCAGGUUUGAAGACAAUCGUAGGAGCCCUGAUGGAGGCCGUCAGACGUCUGCGGGACGUCGCCAUCCUCUCACUCUUCGUUCUUUCAAUCUUCGCUCUCAUCGGCUUGCAGUUGUACCAGGGCACUUUGAUGAAGAAAUGCGUGCGG